AUGGCGACAAAUGGAGACCAACAGCCGCAGCAGCCAGUGUUCUCAAAUCCAUUCCUGACUCCCGCGUCCAACUCGACAAGAAGGAAACCAGCUGCAAGCACGAGAGUCGAUUUCAGUGAAUUCGAUACAUUGACAAGGCAAUUGAUGGGAACUGGUGUAGAUACUACUUCAAAGACUUCAUUAUGGUCAUUUGAAGAGGCUCAGGGAACUAGUCUGGCGUCAAUCAAGGCUGCAAUGAUGAACACGGUGCCAGAAUAUGUUCUCAAUGCUGUGCAGCGUUUACGAAACUACUUGUGUGGAGAGGCCAGGUCGUCGCACAUAACGCAUGCACUCUCGCUGGGGGUGCUAGACCGAUUACGUGAUCUGAUACAAACUCCACAGUAUGGUUCAGAUAUCAAGUAUGAAGUAUGUUGGAUAUUGAUCAACCUCUCAGCUACUGAGGCCACUGACUUGCAACGUAAUACUGUUGCCAAUGCCGGUUUCAUAAUGCCCCUAGCUGCAUUACUGCUUGAUCAGGAUUGGAGGAUACGACUCAAUGCUGCAUGGGCAUUAGGAAACAUUGCUGGUGAAUCAGAACAAACACGAGAUGCUGUCAUGGAUUGUCAUGUCCUCGCUCCCUUGAUGCACAUUUGGGAUGGUGCUGAUCGAUCACAUCCUGAAGAACAAAGGUCGUCUAUUGAAGUAGCAAUGCAAGCCCUUUUGUGUUUGUGCGAUUGGGAACUGCGAAAGCCUGGUCAUUGGGAACAGGUUGUCGCAAUCAUUCCGAGACUGUCGCAGUUGUUGAGCGAAUAUCGAGGACUCAUGGAACCUGAAAUAACGGCAUUGUGUAGAGCUGUCGCUCAAAUCGCAUAUGCUGGAUAUCAACGUUCAAUAGAUGUUUUGGGUGAUUCGUCAGUUGGAUCUCUAGUCUCUAUAGUACAAUCUUGUGAUGUAACAACUCUGCCGCAUGCCCUAAGGGCUUUAGUAAACAUUACAGCUAGACAGAAUAGUCUCACACAGCUCGUCGUACAUCUUGGACUAUUACAAAAAUUAAAACAAUUGUUAUCAGACUCUUCAAUGAUGGUAGACGUCCAACUAUCUGCCAUCAUGAUUGUACAUAAUGUAGCAGGAGUGCCAGCCGAAGGACGAAGUAUCGUCUCAUCAGGUCUACUACCUUGCAUCUUGGAAUACCUAAAUGUCGAACGACCAGAUCUGGCAACCCAUCGAGUAAAAGCAGCAGGUGUAUUGAGGAAUAUGGCCGUAUCCAACGAUUCCCUACAGAUUGAAGAAAUAUGUAAUCAACAUGUAGCAUCUGUCUUGCUUCGAUACCUCCUAGCACAAUCGACUCGUGAUAGAACAGCCACUGAAGUCGGUGUAGCCACCCUACAUGGAAUAGUCCAUUAUAAUCCAUCAUAUAAUCCAGUCCGGGAUUGGCUAAAAGCUAGUCCGAAUGUCUUUGAUUUUAUAUGGAGUCUCCGGGUGCAGUUUGAGUCGUCACUAGAGUCUGGUGAAUUUGUACAGGAAGCGGAUUCAGAUUCAACUAUAGGACCAACACCUGAAGAACGUCGUGCUCAUGAAAUGAGUGCUCGACGGUCCAUGUUUCAGUUAGAAUCCUUGAUGAAACUGCUAUACCCGAAUCAGCUUCUGGUGGCACAAACUAGACAAAAGGAGCUUAAUCAGAACUUGGUGUCAUUGCAUAAUGACUUUGACUCGGGGGUUGGCAUGGAGGGAUAA